AUGGUUCUGUUUUUAUCUCUGCGUGUGUUUCUCUGUGCCAUGGGUUUGCUCUCAGAGACUCUGUGCUCUUUAACUUUGGAGGCAGAUGCUGGAGAUAAAGUCACUAUUUGGUGGCAACAUAACCUGACUGGAACAGGCUACAUCUACUGGUUUAAACACACGAGUGAUUCAGUUUCACUUCUUAUUGGGUGUAAACAGUUUUUUACAUCAGCUCCAUCAGAAACGUGUUACUCCUUUACUGAAAGUGAAAGUGAGAGAAUAGUGACGGCCGAUCAUGACAAGAACACAUCUCUCACCAUCACUGCAGUAAAUGUCUCUGAUACAGGACUCUAUUACUGCAUCUACAUGGAAAAGAAUCAGAUUCCAUUCAGUGAUUCAGUUUACUUAAGAGUGAAAGGGGUAAAUAAAACACUGACCAAGAUCACAGACAGAGCAAAUGGUUCAGACUGUCCUGCUGUGUCCUUCAUGCUGACUGCUGGGUUUGGUGCAGUGAUUGUGAUUCUUCUCAGUGUCCUGAUCUUCAUUAUACUGAAGCACAAAGGUCAUGAAGCAUCGAAAAAUGAGGAUCCUGAAGCAGACUCAGUACAUUAUGCUGCACUACAUCUUUCAAAGAAAAAAAACAAGAGGGCAAAUAAAUGCAAUGAAAUGGUGGAUCCACAUGUUGUAUAUUCUUUAGUAGGACAAACUAAUGUCCAUACGUAAUGUUAUGUACCAUUUUCGGUUUACGAAAUAGUAACUUUUUUCAUUGUAUAACCUCAGUAAAGAAGGCUAUCACAAUUACAGAACAAGGUAGUGUGUCCUUUGAUACACUAGUUUAAGGAUUUUGUUCUUUAGAGAAAAAAAAAAAAACGAGUAGCUUGCAAUAAAAUACUCACAGUUUUUCCUUGCUACCGUCAUCCUCGGCUUGCUCAUCAGGGACAAUCUGAUCAUUUUAAAUUGUAAACAUUCAAAUUUCAUACAAACUUCCAUAAUUUUCAUUGUGUAAAGCUGCUUUGCAACAAUGACAGAUGUUAAAAGUGCUAUACAAAUAAAAGUGAAUUUAAUUAAAUUAUAAUAUUU